AUGAUCCUCGAGACCUGGUCUUGGCAGUGUUACGACGGCCAGAGCAUUUUACUCAGACCUCGGGCAGUCAACUGUUCAACACUCCCAAGACACCAGACCAGAGCCUACCUUGACAAGGCCCUCCCCCACAAGCUGUCUGGCCGCGCCCCCAGUCACCCUCUUCCGUUUUCGUGUGUCUCUGCCCAGACGAAAGUUGAACACCCCUCGUCGGACUCUUCCAAGAACAUCCUUGCUGGGGCAUUGACACUCCUCGACUCUGGGACUGAAGCCGUACUCGGCGCGUUGGCUUGCCCGGUCCUGCAAUCACCAAAAGGCAAAAUCCCGACGUCUAUCAUCACUGACUUCUCAGCCUGCGCAGCCAUACCAUCGCUGGGACUCCCAAGAACUUCAGACACCAAACUCGCAUCCACCCUCCCACAACACUGGGAACGAAUCUACCUUGACCCGCGGGCCAACCGUAGCUCGUCCUGCAUUACACCCACCAAGCCCAAACCAGCCCACUGGACGACCAUCAGGGCGGCGAAUAGAAAGAACGACGCGCUCGGCCUGGAUACGCAUCCGCAUCCGCGUUCUGUUACUACACUCGCACGACCUGGUCGCGACCGACUCGAUUUUCCAUCACCACAGAAUAGUACUUGA